CAAUAAUUCAUUGCUCCAUAGCUCCGUGUAAAGCGUUGACAACCAUUCUGACGUUUCACGACGAAUAAUUGAUGGUGGCUCGUUCAUUUGACUUUUCACUCCACAGUUAACGCUGAAUUAUUUAACACUGGGCUCAUCAUUGGCAUAUGACAACCCCGGCUCCGAAGUACUACCAAUAUCCCUAAUAGUCUUAACAGGAAAAAUUGAGCGGAUUCAGUACUCUCAUUCUUCUACCAUUUACGAUGGAUGAAGUUGUGCCAGGAGUCUGGAUAGGAGAUCUGCAGAGCGCUAUGGAUGUCGAGGGAUUGAAGGAAAGAAACAUUUUCAGCAUUGUCACAGCGAUGCGGGGUAAAGUUACCAUUCAUGCGGCAUUUAACAAAUACCAAAUCAAUGUUGACGAUAGUGCCAAUGAAGAUGUCCUCGUGCAUUUCCUGCCGUCGAUAUCAUUUAUCCAGAACGAGCUUGACAAGAGGCGUGGUGUACUUGUGCACUGCGGGGCUGGAAUCAGCAGGAGUGCAACGAUCGUCGCAGCGUACCUGAUGUACUCGCUCAAGCUCGACCCAGCGAGCGCUAUAGACAUGAUAAGGACAGUGAGGCCCAUCGUUGAGCCAAAUGAAGGGUUUAUGGAACAGCUCAGGGUGUUUCACCACGCAUCAUACAAGUUCACGCGGCGAGACAAGGCCACCCGCAUGUUCUACCUGGAACGGACGAUGGAAGAUAUCAUGAAUGGAGAUGGAACGAUCCCAGAGAACGCAAUGUUCGCCAAGCAUCCCCGUACACCAUCUGAUUCUGUACCGAACACACCGAUGAUCGUGCCAAGUCGCCGAAUACGAUGCAAGAUGUGCAGGCAAGAGCUAGCGACGCGCGAGCACAUGCUCGAUCACGGGCAACUAGGUCCACCGACGCCCGCCUUGCCCUCCUUAUCGCCUGCCACGUCGAGGCGCCCGUCUGCGAACGACCGCAGCACAUCCUCACGGCGACCAUCCAUGAGCCUCAGCGGUCGGGCGUUGAUGGAAUCGCUCUCGAUGUCAUCGUUUUCAAUGUCAUCACUCUCGAUGUCGGCGCUCGAUACUGAGGAUGAUCACGAGUCAGAUGAGGUUGAGCAUGCGGGUGACCUGCCUCCCUCUGGAGUUGACGUGAAGUCCGUGCGAUCAUCCUCAUUGUCAAUGGAAGGCCUCGGGAAGGACUUAUCAGAUGCACUCGAUGCAGCUGUCGCCACCGAUGAAGGUCCAUCAACAGGGACAGCCACACAAUCCGAGACGGUGCGUGUGCUGUCGCCUGUCCAUGAGAGCAAGGACGCACUGAAGACCAGCGGACCGCCGCCACCUCAACCAAGCACACAGUAUGCGAACCCGUUGGACCUGGCGGCUGAGCUGCAUUCUCAUCCGAAACUCGCUGCGUUGCGCACGCCUCCGUCGUUGAGUAUGACAGGGAUAAGACCGGUGGUCAGCCCACCGAUCCUCAUGAACCCUAAGUGUUCUGGAUAUUUUGUCGAACCAAUGAAAUGGAUGGAACCAUUUUUGGAGAGUGGUCAAUUAGCAGGAAAGAUUAUUUGCCCGAAAUGUAGUGCCAAGCUCGGCAACUACGACUGGGCUGGCGUAUGCUGCAGUUGCAAUAGAGAAUGGGUGACGCCAGGCUUUUGCAUACACCGAUCUAAAGUUGACGAAGUAGUAGUGGGUUGAGCAACCACGGAUCAGAUAUAACUUACUAUGUACGGGACUUGAUUAUUCGAACUUAGUAGA